ACUUCCGGUGUGAAGGCGGAGCCUCUGAGCGCGGCUAGCUGCUAGCUGUUAGCUGUUAGCUGCUAGCUCAGCCUGCUAUCCUCUGGAGGAGAGACAACCGUAGAAGAAGAAUGGCCUCGCCUCCCCCCCUCUCCUCCCUGCGCCUCCUCCUCCCCCCCCUCCGCCUGCUGACGGCGGCGAUGUGGCAGGUCGCUCGGCGGCAAAGCGUGAAGCAUUAUGGGAUGCUGGAGGACUUCGUUGCCCUGGUAACCGAGGCGGUCCCCCAGCUGCUGACGGACAGACAGAGGAGUGUGCUGCUGCUGGCUCUGAGGGCCAAGGUGACCCUCUGUGACCCUCAGGGAGAACAGCUGGACAGAACCCACCCCGUCUCCCAGGCAACGUCUGAUCUUCAGGUGGAUGAACUGUGUUCUGUUCUGGUGCCUCUGACUCAGAGUCCAGAGGACAGACUCCGCCUCCUGCAGGAGGUGUUCCACCACGGCUUUGACUCCGCCCUCCAGUCGCUCAUAUCUGACUUCCUGUCCCGGAUCGACCAGCUGUUCCCUGUUCCUGACUUCAAACAGGCGGCGUCCUGGCUCGACACCGCCCCCGGUGGUCUGGAUGACUGUCUGCAGGAGGCGGACCGGGAGGAGCUGAGGGAGCUGCUGACCGAUCAGAGCUGUCUGUUAGGCCACGCCUCCACCACAGUGGGUCACGACUCAGAGAAGAUCCUCCUCUCCGCCUGGUCACACCCCCUCCUCACCAAACCGACCAAUCCUGAGCCUCCUCUCAGCGAAGCAGACGUCCAAUCGGAUCCUCCGCCUGACGUGGAGGUGGUGAAGGUGGAGGUGGUGGUGAUGACGGAGGACGAGGAACAGGAGGAGGCGGAGGAGACUGUGAUUGGUCAGAGCGGGUCGCCGGCGGAGCAGGAGGCGUCCAAUCAGAGCGCAGCAGUGGGCGGAGACGAAUGUCCGGUCACACCUGUGAUUCUGGAGGACAGGUUGAAGGACUCACCUGGAGACUUUGUGGACCAAUCAGAGGACACCGCCAACCAAUCAGAGCAAGGCUGCUCUGAGGUCACUGCUAAUGCUCUGUACAGCAUUUCCCACAAUUCUCAGCGGGUCGCUCACAAAUGUCCUCAGUGUGGAAAAUGUUACAUCUACCGUUCUCAGGUGAUCCGUCACCUGCGUACCAAUAAGUCCUGCGGGUCGGCGUUGUCGGUGACUGCAGCUGUGAACCUGCAGAGUUUACCUGAGGAAGAGCCCCGCCCCCAGCACCACGCCCCCCGGGGCCCCGCCCCUCCAAGUCCCACUCCUGUUUCCAGUGCAACGCCACCUUCAGAACCAAAGCCGAGAUGCUGUCUCACCAGCGCAGCCACCGGGCCCGGCCCGUCUUCCACUGCGCCCAGUGUGACAAGGAGUUCCACCACCUGUCCAGUCUGACCAAUCACAAGCAGACGCACCUGGACCGCGGCAGCUUCACCUGCAGCCGCUGCGACAAGGUGUUCGAGUCGGCCAAAGAGAGAGACGCCCACCGGC